AUAAUGUGGAAGCUUCAAAAUAGCAAUUAUUCUAAAAUAUAGACCCUCAUUAAAUAAAUAAACAGUAUUAUCUGGGACAGCUAUCGGGUCGUCCAAUAUAAUGGAAGCGGCGUGGUGGUUGAGCUACAGGUUCCAAUACCAGAGCACAAGCAUCGACAUUACGGUUUCUAUUAAGAGGCUCAGAAUUUGAGCUCCGACUAGCUCGAUUCUCGGCUACUAAAAUACGCUAUGAGAACACCGCUUUCAGGAGCAAGGUCCCUGGAAAUGGUAGUCCCUGAAAAUAUGCGCCUGGCCAUCCAUGUUAUAUGUGGGCCAGGUCAUUGGAAUGACGACAUGAUUCUAAAGUUGCCCUGACGCAACAAUGCAAGCUACAAAUAUGAGUAGCUCCCCCUUCCGAGCAGAAAAUUAUUACUCUCUAUACUCAGUGAAGCUUCAUUUUCAAUCAAUUGAGCUGUGUUCGCGAAAUUCCGACAUUCUCACCGCAUAAUAUCAUACUUCCCGCAUUCUAUCACAUCUUAUAAUCAUGAUGGCUUCAAGAACCGCCAUGAGGUCGGCGCGUGUGCUGAAAGCGCCAGUAAGGCCCCCAAUCCGCUCCAAUGCCCGCCAAAUCAGACUACAAUCGACUUCGACGCCACAACAAUCCUCACAAGUGGCAUCGAAUGCCGGGGGCGGUGGUGGUAGUGGAGUCGUUGCUGGAAUCGCAGGCGGCGCCCUCGUCUUUUCUCUCGGAUACGGAUACUACUACUACAGUGGCGCAAAGACCAUCGUUGAUGGCGCGGCAGCAACCAAGAGGCAGUUCAAAAACAUCACCUCCUCCAUGAAAGACUCGGCUCCUGAGCCAAACGAGUUAUUAAAAUGGUUCCGGAGCACCGUUACCUCAUACGCCGCAUUCAUCCCCGGAGCCAAGUCCUACGUUGACGCGGCUUUCAACGAUCUCGAUAAGAUUGAGCAGAAGCACCGUGGCAAGGUCGACGAGAUUAUCAAGGAUGCUUACUCCGACAUGAGGGAAGCAACUAAGGGCGGAUUGACCAUCGAGACCGCACACAAGACCUGGGAAAUCCUCGAGAAGCACCUCAGCAAGGUGACUGAGCUCGCGAGCGAAGCAUCGGGCGAGAUCUUGGAUAACCACCCUCAACUCAAGGAGAAGGUUGGCGGCAACAUCGACCAGCUGAAGAAAAUGGCCGACUCGUACGGCCCAGAGGCGAAGGAGCAGGUGAACAAGACAUAUGGCCAGAUCAAGGACAUUCUCAAGAACAGCAGCGGCACCGACGCGGCGGACAAUAUCCGCAAGGUCGUCGAGGAGAACAUUGAGAAGCUCAAGGGAAUGGGUGAUCAAGCGUGGAAGAAGGGUCUUGAGAAGGCACAGCCUUACCUUGACAAGAACCCCGAGAUCAAGAAGGUCAUUGAGGAGAACUCGGAUGCGCUUAAGCAGGCGAACUUCUCGGAGCUGUUUGAGAAGAUCAAGAGCGGGGAUGUUAGCGAUCUGAAGGAGUAUGCGAAGAAGGCUAGUGAGAAGGCGAAGAGCUCGGGCGUGGGGAAGAACAUUCAGGAGUAUAUCAACUUGAUCCCUGGCGGUCAAGAGAUCGUGCCGAAGUUGCACAAGCUACAUGAGGCGGUGAAGAAGCAUGGCGGAGAGGCGGACAAGAUUGCCAAGGAGGCGUAUAAGGAGAUCGCAGAGAUCCUAUCAAAGAAGGCUGAUGAGGUUGAGGAUCUUGCGAGCAAGGCAGCGAGCGAUGCUAAGAAGUGAGGGGUUGGUGUUUAAUCCCUGGAGUUGGCAUGGGGAG